AUGCCUGCUUCACACCGUCGUGGUCCUUGGGUCCCAGAGGAAGAUCAACUCCUCACCCAACUGGUCCGCGAACAAGGCCCAAACAACUGGGUUCGCAUCUCUCAACACAUGCACUACCGCUCACCCAAGCAAUGUCGGGAGCGUUUCCACCAAAAUCUCAAGCCCUCGCUAAACAGAGAGCCCAUCUCCGCCGACGAAGGCCUGAUGAUCGAGCGCAUGGUCAACGAAAUGGGAAAGCGCUGGGCUGAGAUCGCCCGCCGCCUCGGAAACCGCAGCGACAACGCAGUCAAGAACUGGUGGAAUGGUAGCAUGAACCGCAAAAAGCGCGGCCUGUCCACCCCCACCACUUCCCGCACUUACUCAGGUCGCAUUGAGGCUCCGUACACCCGCGCCUCAGCGAUGAGCCCAACUCGCUCCCGCUUCUCCAGCUCUUCUGCUUCUUCUUCUCGCCCCUCAUGGACGGAGUCCAUUGAGUCCGCCAUUUCUGAACAAUACUCCCACUCCCGCAGAGAAUCACUGGCCUCUUCCGCCCGCCAGCUCUCCCCCAUCUACACCCUCCCCUCCAUCAACCGACCAAUCGAAACUCCGCUCACCUCGCCCGCUUUCUCAGAGGCUUCACACGGUACUUCCUGCGAGCCGCCUUCUAUGGUCUCAGACCACAAUUCCGUCUGCUCUUCUUCACCCCGCACUUUCCCCUCUCCGCAACUUCUGCCCUUGCCUGUCGACCUGCGUUCGCAGUACGAGAUCCGGAGGCCCAGUGUCCACGUUCUUGAGGACUCGCCUAGUUACCCGGCUCGCUCGCUAGAGUCUCUGUCAGAGAUUGCCUCCGCACAGCGCUGGAUGGGCCACCAGCCCACUCUGGCUUCAUGGCACCAACCUACGGACUUGCCUAAGUCUUGGAUCUCCAAAUCUGAACCUGCUCGUGACACUCGCAUGGGAGUGAAUAACUUGCUCAACUGA